GAGCGCGAGAUCCAACAGUGAAGCAAUAAAAUGCAAUCAGCUAUUAUCUUUCUGUCCAUCUUUUCGCUAGUUUCUACUCGCUGAUCCGUAUUGUGUUCAUUCUCUCCUCAUAAUUCAACUCGAAGUGCCGAAGAAUAACAAAUAUUAUCGUCGUGAAUGUGUGAAAUACCUGUCGGAUAUACCAGAAAUUCUAUAACUUCACAGUCUUGCAUUGCUGAAAUCGUAUCGGUGAAAUCCACAAGAAGGUGUUUCUGAUUGGAAUGUUUCGUGUGUUGAAACGUGCUUCUAAAAGUUUACUAAAUGAAGGAUUACUUUCUGUCGGCUUGAUUGAAUCGUCUAUGUUUGAUUCGAGCAAAUAAUUACAAGAAUCAAAAAAUAUGGCAGGCGAUGAAUUUUUUAAACGAGAAAUAAAAUUGAUGCACGAUGCUCUCAACGAAGGAGACUUGGAUAGAGUUCGUGAACUGAGACAGACAAAAACAUUCACCACCAUUGUGUCGCAGCAUGGUGUUGAUCUGAUUUCCAGCAUAUCCAAGUUCAUGGAUGAUGAACGUAUAUACAAGUGUCCGCAUUUAGUCGAAUGUUACGAAGAAAUACUCGAAUCGAUCGUCGACGAAAUCGACCCGGAUGACUUAUUUGUCACUCUGUUGGAGCAAGUGGAUGAAGAAAGUUGCUGCAUCGAAAAAUUUCUCAUGCUGUUAGACCCUUUGAAAUUUACGCUGGUAAAAUUAGGAUCAUCUCGCGAGUAUUGGUUAGAAUGGACGCUGAGUACCAUAAAAUUUUAUUUGGAAAGUGUUCAUUUUCCCGAAGAUCACAAUAUCGAAUUCGACGAAAAGAUAAUGACGGUCAAUGAUCCACACGUCGAUAAGCUUCUGCAUUUAUCUGCAAAACUUGUCGUAUUUUACGAAACAUUUCUAAAUGACACGAUAUCGGCCCGCGAAAUCGACGCCUUGAUCGCAUUUGGAUUUCACAUAUUAGCCGAACCUGUCAUGUAUCUGUAUUUGGAGAAGUUCGAGAAAUUACAAGAAAUCUGUGACCAAGUUCUUCGCAGUAUUGGCAAGUUGUACGGUAAAGCGUAUUGUUUGUUCGAAUUUAUCGACGAAACGAAAGCCUUAGACGUAGAAGAACUGGAGCCCGAUAAAGAUACUUAUUUAGAUGAAGACAGCUCAGACUUUGUGGUGCGUAAUCCACUAUGGGCUAAAAUAAAAAUCCUGCCUUUGGCUGUGUACUAUUCGGUGCGAAUUACCGAAACUCCGUUCACCAAUUAUUUUCCUCUGGCCUUUUCUCCGGUAUAUUUAUUUCACAAAUUGCUUUAUUUGUCUGUCUUACUGAUGAAAAAUUUUCAUAACGCUGUCGUCAGAAAAGGUCUCCUGCUGUGUGAUAAAAUUUUCCGAAGCACGCCGAAUGGUUCCAUACCGUACGGAUAUUUAGAGUACAAAGUUCACAAGAAAUUUGUCGCAGCUGUCAGCCGAAUCUGUAUUUAUUCGUACAUAUUUGAAAAUAGGAAAUUAGCCAUCGAAUUGCUGCAAUCCUACGUGCUUAAAUUUGAUCCGAAAGGAACCUAUUUAUUACUCAUGAAUAUCACCUCGGAAACUGGCAGCGAAGAUAUCGAUAGCGAAAUAAUAACCAUCUUUAGGAAAAUGAUGCAUACGAGCUUCGUAGAGAAUAAUUUCCAAUAUUACCAGAAAGGAAAAUACUUGAUAGAUUUAUUGAAGAUUUUUGCCAAGCUUGGAGAAGGCAGCGAUACCGAUUUGAUAGCAUCGAAGAACAAAAUCGUUUCGUUAUUAUAUCUAUUCGCGUUAAUGUUGCGCAGAGAUGCUCAAAACCAAACCGGUAUCCACGAUUAUUAUGAUCACUUCGAUAGGAAUUAUUUUACGGUAAUCGAAGAAGCCAUCGAAAAGUCUCGAGAGAAAUACAAACGCGAUGCGGUUACGUUCAUCAAUAACGACGAUCCGUUACCAUUCGAAGAUAAUGUUUCAAUCGUGGUCGAAGGUAAAUCAUUGCCAAGAUUACAGCGAGAGGAUAAAAUAAACGCUACGAAAAAUGCCCUCAGCGCAUUGGAUAUGAUCGAACAUGCUAUGCAAUUGGUAUACGAAUACAAUGCCUGUAAAUGAUGUAUCAGUAACAUUGUAUAUUAUAUUACUUCGUAUAAUGUGAUAUGUAUUUUUGCGGUUCAUCAUUUUUUUCUCCUAAUUUAUCAAUGUACGAUUCUUUCUGUUUUUACUAAUGUGAUUUUAAUUUAAUAUAUUUUUUCAUGACGUCGAA